AUGCUCUUGAGAACACUGCUUGAACAACAAGUCCAAGAGUUACGCGUUGAAAGAGAUCUGCUACGACAAGAGUUAGAUAAUUUAACACGAACUCGUCACAGGAGUCCAUCACCAGUCACCAGGUCAAGAUCGCUGAAUAGAUUUCAGUCUCGAGAUGAUUAUAUGGAAUUAACUAAACUUCGACAGGAACGUGAUGAGCUGAGAAGUCUACUCAAUAAAUUAGAGCAUAGAGUUCAAGAAAUUCAGCGUAAUGUUCAUACAAUAACACAAGAAAGGGAUCAAAUUAACAAACUCUACAAUGAUGCAACAGUUGAAUUAGCCAAUAAAGAUAAAGUACACUUGGAAUCGUGUAUUGAAGAAAUGAGUUCAGCGCAUAGACAAGCAUUAAGAGAACGUGAAGAUUUAGUUCAACGUUCCAAUGGUUUACAUGAACGUAAUAUUGAAUUAGACGCUGAAAAUAAAAAGCUUGAUUUAGAAGUAAAACGUAACGCUGAAGCACUACGAGCAGAAAGAAAUACUCUUGCUGAUGUUCAACAACAAUUAGAAUUAUGUCGUAGAAGAUCAGAAACCGCUGAAAGAGAUGCCAAUGAUUGGAGUUCACGUCUACGUCUUGUUGAAGAUCAACUGCAUAAAGCUGAAACACGUGUUGUACAGUUAGAAAGAGAAUUACGUGUUGAAAGAGAUGAUUAUAGUCAAUUGAGAGCACGAAUGGAAAUAUUAGAAGAGGAGAAACAAAAUAUCGAGAUAAAUUUAAAAGAAACAGCUCAAAGGCUAUCACAUACUGAAGUUGACUUAUCAGGAAGAGUACGUGAAAUACACGAACUUCGUUCAGCACAUGAAGAAGUUCUACGCACGAAUUCACGUACACAAGAAACACUGACAACACGUAAUACAGAGUUGUCAGCUGCCAGGAAUGAGUUAAAUUCACUGCAGACAAGUUUAACAGAAACACGUCGAUUAUUAGAAGCUGAACAACGAGAGACAACAAGGCUAAGAGAAGAUUUAAAUCAUAUGGCACGUGAGUCGCAAACAUUACAAACAGAAUUACAGGAUGCGGGUGAAGAAAGAGAUGAAUUAAAACAAAGAAUUAAAGACUACUUAAAUGAAUUAUCCCGACUAGAACGUGUAUUAACCGAGCGUGAUAGUGAAUGUAAUAAAUUAAUUGAUCAGUUGAGAACAGCAAAUGAAGAAGCUGAAAGUUGGAGAAUCCGUUGGGAAACAAGUGAAAAUAAAUUAACAAAUUGUAAGGUAGAUUUAGAAGACAAAGAUGCAGAUCUAUCGAAUGAACGUGAAAGAUCUGAUAUAAAAGAUAGAGAAAUAGCUCAUUUACGAGCUACGCUGAAUUCAACAGAAAUACAGAGUAAUGCAACAUCUCGUUCAUUAGUUGAAGCCAAUGAACAAUUAAGAAUAUCUCGAGCAGAAAUUGAUACACUUACAACAGAAAUAUCACGUAUACGUGAUACACUAGCACGUUGUGAAACAGAAAAAUCCAAUUUACAACGUGAAAUCAAUUCACAACGUUUAGAUAAUGAUCAGUUAAGAGCUCAAUUAGAUGAUUUUGAAGUUGAACUGGAACAAAUUAAAGAACAGCUGGAAGAAGAACGUGAAAAUUCAAGAAAUAUGAAUGAAAUAUUGACAAUAACUCGACAAAAAGAACAAAAAGCUUUAUCUGAAGCUCAGGAAAGAACUACAGAAGUGAUUGCUUUACGCGACAGAGUUACUAAUGCCGAAGAAAGAGCAGAUAUAACUCAACGUGAAAUAGAUAAAGUCAGGGAGCGGCUAGCUGAAACAGAACGUGAAGCAAAUCGCCUAUCAAGAAGUUUAUCAGCUGAACGAUUUGAAAAAGAACGUGCUCUAUCUGAAUUACGGCUAAGCAGUCUACCAGCAGGUUAUAGACCAUCAGGUUAUUCAAGUUUAGGAGGAACAUAUUACCCAGGUACUUCAGUCAACCGAGAACGUUUACCUUACCAAGAAAGAGAUGAUUAUUGAACAAGUGAAGAACAGGAAAGCAAAACAACAAAUUGAAACAACAAAACAAACAAUACCAUUUAUAACUGCUAUUCAGAUUGUAAUUUGAAUCGUUCACACUAACACUGUUUGCUCUGCUUUCUCUUGGUCUUUGAAACUACUAUCCCCUCCUCAACAAUAUAUACGUAUACGUAUGUGUAUUUCCCAAUUUCGUUAGCAUAACGAAAUUCAAUAUACAUAUAUAUGUCAACCGGAUGGAAUAAUUUUUAUG